UGACUUCCUAUAUUACGGGUGAAGAAAAUGGGAAAAUGAAAUCGAUCCAGCAAUUAUGAUUGUUAUUCUACUUCUCACAACCUUGAUUGCGUUUCUGGUAGCUAGACAAUAUCAGAAAGCGAAAAAACUUCCACCAGGGCCAGUAUCUCUUCCACUUAUUGGAAAUAUUCCUCAAUUGGUUUACUAUAUUUGGAGAGAAAAAGGAGUUGUGCCAGCGUUUGAUCUAUUCAGACAGAUUUAUGGAGAUGUUUUCACUAUUUGGCUUGGCCCGAUCCCUCAUGUCAGCAUCUGCGAUUAUGAUACGUCGCAGGAAGUUUUCGUGAAGAAUGGGAGCAGGCUUAUAGAUCGGUUCCUCCCGCCUGUUUUCUUACAUUUAAGCAAUAAUCUUGGUUUGGUUAGUGCAAAUGGCGAAGUGUGGGCUGAAAUGCGAAGAUUCACGUUGUUAGCAUUCAGAAAUAUUGGGGUUGGGAGAGAUUCGAUGGAGGAGAGAAUUUUGGAAGAAUUGGAUGCAAGAUGCGAGGAAAUUGAUGCUGAUGCUGUAAAUGGGAAAACCGUUGUUCAAACUUCCGAUUUCUUUGACCUUGCCGUUGGUAGUAUUAUCAACAACACUCUGAUUGGAAAGCGUUUCAACGCACAUAACAAAGAUGAAUUCAUGAAAUUGAAAAAGAUGAUGGACUCGGCUUCAGACUUAUUCACUAUUUUCGAUUUAACCGCUCCGGUUUGGAUGCUGAAGAUAUUAGUCCCAAAGAGAUGUGAAAGGAUUCUGGGAGUUCAGGAAGAAAUUCUCAAUUUCGUAUCCCGAGAAGCUAACGAACGUUAUGAGCAGCUGAAAAGUGGAGAGUAUACUGUGAACGCUGAGAAUCCGCAUGAUUUCGUUGAAGCUUACUUUGCAAAGAUGGAGGAAGAGAAACGGCACGGAGGACCUACGCCGUACACAAUGAAAUGUUUGAAACAUGUUAUCGGAGAUCUGUGGCUAGCUGGACAAGAUACUACAACAACGACAUUGGUUUCAGGAUUCAAUCAACUUGUUAACCAUCCAGAAGUUAUCAGAAAAUGCAGAGAAGAAAUUCUGAGAAUCACGGAAAAUGGCUCACGUCCACUUCAGCUAAAAGACAGAGCUGAAUCUCAUUACCUCAACGCUACAAUUACUGAAAUUCAACGCCACGCUUCAAUUUUAAACGUCAACUUUUGGAGACUGAUAAAUGAGCCCACAAAUGUAAAAGGAUACGAGAUUGAUUCGGGAACAGUCAUGACAGCCCAACUUGGAGCCCUCCACGUAAACAACGAUAUUUUCAAAAACGCCGACAAGUUCUAUCCGGAGAGAUUCAUUGAAAAUGGAAAACUUUUGAAUCAAGUUAUCCCGUUUGGAAUCGGAAAACGAUCUUGCGUUGGGGAGAAUCUCGCAAGAUCAGAAUUGUAUUUACUGACUGGAAACCUAUUGCUCCGGUAUAAUAUCAGACCACAUGGAUCGUUACCUUCAACAGCUGACCAGUUGCCAUAUAGUGCCGGAAAAAUGCCCGAUAAAAAUGUUCAUUUAGAGUUUGUUAAAUUGUAAUCUUUAAUGAUAAUUUAUGGGAUCUGUAUUUCUCUUUCUGUCAAUAAAAAUUGAAAAUGAUUUUUA